GUAGUUAUCAACAAACCGCAUCGCAGUGUUUACGAGAGUGAUUAUAAAUUUGGUUCAUCUCCGCUCGAGAUUGUUUUGUAAAAGAAAUUCCUGUGUCUAGAUAGCCAUGUCCAUUCCGAACGAUUCCCUGGACGACGACGAUCUGUUGGCCAAUUUGGAUCUCCCGUCGCCACCGAAAAAGCCAUCGUUAGUGAGUGAAACCUCCGAAGCUACCGGCAGUACAUCCACCGCAACCGUCGUCCGUUCCGUCAACAAAGGCAACUGCGUCCUGGUGAACCCGAAACAGCGCGGGAAUCCCCUACUCAAAUCCAUCCAGAACAUCCCGUGGGAAUACGACGACAUCGUGCCGGACUAUGUGGUCGGGGCAACGUCCUGCAUUCUGUACAUCUCGCUGCGGUAUCACAAUCUCAACCCGGACUACAUCCAUGGCCGGUUGAAGCAGCUGGGCAAGAUGUACGAGUUGCGGGUGCUACUGGUCCAGGUGGACAUCCAGGAGCCGCACAACGCCCUGAAGCACCUGACGCGCAUCUGUCUGCUGGCCGAUUUGACGCUGAUGUUGGCGUGGAACGCGGAGGAAGCCGGGAAGAUCGUCGAGACGUACAAGAUGUUCGAGAAUAAGCCGCCGGACUUGAUCAUGGAACGGGCCGAGCAGUAUCCGUAUCAGAAGCUCGUGAGUGCCCUGACCAACAUCAAGCCGGUCAACAAGACGGAUGCGAUGACGUUGAUACAGAACUACGGCACCCUGGCCAAUAUGAUCAACAGCAGCGAGGAGAAACUGUCGCUUUGUUCGGGGCUGGGCCCUCGCAAGGCGAAAAAGUUGCACAAGACGUUCAAUGAGAACUUCCUGAAGUCGUGAUUUGCGAAUGAAUUGUUAUAGUUAAGAUUAUUGUAUAAGUUGUCUAUAAUAUUGUUACGAUAAAGACAUCGCUGUUCCAAUCAAAUUUGCUCACCGCUACCAUUUAA